GAAUGUAGAUACCCAUUACAAAUUAUAAGCUUUAAUGAGGAUCUCUUGGUAAAUUAUGAUUCUGAAUAGUGUAUUUUCAAAAAAUAAUAAUAAUCAUAUUUUCGAAUUUGUAAACUAAUAAAGAUACGUUUCCAAAAUUCCUGUUUUCUUUUAUACGUUUUCGUUUAUUAACAUAUUUUAUAAGAUUUAUUUUCUAUACACAACUAGGGUUUUUUGUUCUUUCAACUUUAAAACUCAACUACUUGUCGUUCACAUCAUAUUUUAGACUUGAAGCAGAUGGAGCCGUCUGAUGUAAAAAGGGAAUCUCCUGGUAAGUUUCUUUGCUCAAAACUUUACUUGAGAUGAUAGACCAUGAGUACUUAUCUGCAACACUUAUCUGUCUUGUUGCCGGAAAAUUAAGAUGGCCAGGAAGAGGAUAAUACUGCUGAACUCAGGGGAAUCAAGACUGUUGGGGAUCCAAGUAAGUCGUAAUACUAAACAUUUACUCUUGCUACCAAAUUUUUUCAUACUAAUUGAUUUUUCUUCUGAAGUUGGACCCGUGGAACUUGUUGUUUUAAAAACUGAAACAAAGAAAAGUGACAACGAUGAUAAAGGUUCCUCUUCCAAGAUAGUGGCAGAGUCAGAAUCUAAGUACGAGAUGCAGCAGAUUCUGAGAGUUAAGUUGGACGACUGCCAAAGGCAACUAAAAAUGCUUGAACGCAUGAUCCCUAAAAUUGGUGAUUCUGAGAGAAAGAAUGCUCUGCAGCUUUAUCUGGAUGAUAUGAAACCAUCUCUGGAGAGUACAGAAGCUCUCCUAGGGAAGUUUAAGUUCGAAGAAAAAGACUUCUCUAAAAUAGUGGAAAAUAUGAAGAAUGUGAAGUCGGCAGUUCUUGAUCGUCUUUCCUUCGAGAAGAAGAUGAUAAUACAAGAUAAGAGGAAGAAAUGAGCCAUAAGGUUGGUGGACAUUAUCUGUUUUGCUUUAUCAAGCUUUCUUUGUUUCAUUUCCAUUUCAAAAAUCCUAAGCGCAAUAUCUACAUCAUAUUCGUUUUGAUUUUUGCAUUGUGAAGGUUUGUUUUCAAAUGUGGUGGAUUGUUACAUUACUUGAAGAAGUGUAUGUGUGCAUGUGAUAAAAAUCCCUUUUAGGUAUUAUUAUCAAUUCACUUCUUUGUGUAUUGUUUGUCUUUAUCGAAAAUGUUUGUAGUACCUCUAAUAAUUGAGAACGUUGAACCUGAUCCUUAUUGUUUAACUUUGGAAUUGAAGUGUUGAUUUAGUUUGUCA